CUCGUAACGUCUUCCAAAAAUAACGGGCAUCGCCGCAUCGCAGCUGCUAACGGUGGAGAUAGAUACACAGAGCGAGAGAGAUAACUAGAUAAGCAAUGGAAGAGAGACGAGACAUGUUAUCGAGUGUGGCAAAGAGUAUCACAGCAUCACCAAUUCAAGAACUGUCUCAUCUUGCUCAAAGAUGUAACGCCAUCAACCUUGCCGAAGGUUUUCCCGACUUCCCUGCACCUUCCCACAUCAAAGACGCUGCCAUUUCAGCUAUCAAUUCCGACUCCAAUCAGUACAGGCACGUACAAGGAAUAUGUAACCACGUGGCAGACAUAAUGAACCAAAUGCACGGAUUGGAUGUCAACCCUCUAACUGAUGUAGCUAUUUGUUGCGGCCAAACUGAAGCAUUUGCUGCAGCAGCAUUUGCUGUUAUAGACAAUGGGGAUGAAGUUGUACUGUUUGACCCUUGUUAUGAAACAUAUGAGGGGUGUAUUAAGAUGGCUGGGGGAGUCCCAGUAUAUGUGCCCCUUAAUCCACCUCAUUGGACCUUGGACCCUAAAAAACUCAUGAAGUCUUUUUCUCGGAGAACAAAAGCUGUAGUACUUAACAGUCCUCACAAUCCAACUGGCAAAGUUUUCACAAAAGCUGAACUUGACAUUAUUGCUGGAGAAUGUCGAAUCAGGAAUUGCCUAGCUAUAACAGAUGAGGUAUAUGAACAUAUCACAUUUGACAGUGAGAAGCAUACGUCCCUUGCGUCGUUGCCAGGAAUGCAAGAGCGGACCAUUAUAACAUCAUCCUUAUCUAAAACGUAUAGUGUCACAGGAUGGAGAGUGGGAUGGGCAAUUGCUCCAGCCUGUAUUGCCUGUGCUAUCAGAAAUAUUCAUGUUAAAGUUACAGAUUCUGCACCAGCACCUUUCCAAGAAGCUGCUUUGACUGCUUUAAGAAGUCCCCCUGAAUACUUUGAAUCAUUGAGAAGUGAUUAUGAAUCAAGGAGAGACUACAUCAUCAACUUUCUUGGCAGAAUUGGAUUCAAGAUUCAUUUUAAGCCUCAGGGUGCAUUCUUUUUAUUUGCCGAGCUACCUCAAAAGUGUCCAGUUUCUGAUGUACAAUUUGUUAGAAACUUAAUACAACAAGCGGGAGUAGUGGCUGUGCCAGGAUGUGGCUUUUUUCAUGCAGACUCAUAUGUGGAGAAACUUGCUCAGGAGGGUUUUAGCUAUCAGGAUAGAUACAUCAGGUUUGCAUUCUGUAAAAGCGAUCAGACUUUAUCUUCUGCAGCAAAAAGACUUGAGGAAUUUUUGGAUUCUGCAACUGCAGGGUUUCUCAAGCUAAAAUGACUAGCUUGGUAGUAAGAACACCUCGUAUUUGUGUACUCAAAUUUUCAGAUGAUUCGGAUGUAACUAAAGUGAAGGUUAUAU